CGGAGAGAGUGCGGGAACUGGGUAGUAUAGUGCCGUAGCGAGAAAUCGCACACGCACAAUCGUUGAGGAGCGACCACGGCGAAAAGAAGAUGCAUCGCUGUCUUCCUCUAGACGUUUAAGUUGCUAGCGUUUGUGGUUUCGCGUGCGUCAGAGAGCAUGGACAAGAUAAGAUCGAUUUUCGCCUCGUCCAACUCGGCUGGACAGGGAGUGGCCGCGCCAAACAAACGAGGAUUAAUUACAGAUCUGGCCAAUCGUCCAAUUUUCAUAACAGGAUGCGAUUCUGGCUUCGGUCAACGGCUGGCCGCGACCCUGAACGCAAUGGGGGUUCCAAUUUACGCCGGAGUUUUGAGCGAAAAAUCGGAAGGAGCUGAGACUUUGAAAGACCUUGGAUGUAAAGUCAUUCAGCUCGAUAUCACCAAAGACGAAGAUGUGGCGAAAGCUGUCGAGUUUGUGAAGCAGGACCUCGGCAGUGAGAAAAAGCUGCAUGCGCUGAUGAAUAACGCUGGGAUCGCGGAGGUGGGCCAGGUUGAGUGGUGUGACGUGGACGUGUUCUCCAAAGUGCUGCAAGUCAACACUUUGGGCGCGGUCAGGGUGACGCAGGCUUUGCUGCCCCUCCUGAGGUCGACGCAGGGUUCAAGAAUCGUGUUCACGGCUUCUGUCGCAGGCAGGUACACCCUGCCAGGGUUCUCGGCUUACAGCAUGUCAAAGCACGCGCUGAUUUCGUUCGCUGACGCCCUCAGGAAGGAGAUGAAACCGUUCAAGGUGUCCGUCCACACCAUCCAGCCCACGGCAUACACCACGGCGCUGUGCUCAGCCGAGACGAUCGACAGUUCGAUGCAGGCCAAAUGGAACGACACAGCCCAAGAGAUCAAAGACGCCUAUGGCGAGAGCUACUUUCAAGCUUUCAAAACUCUCUAUUUGAAAGGCGUCAACGAGUUUUCAAGGAAAAACAUAAACGAAGUUGUGGAUGAAAUGAUUCACGCUCUCCUAAGCAAAAGUCCAAAGGUCACGUACAUACCAACCUUUUCUACGAGAAUGCGAGUGAGCUUGUUGACCACGAUAUCGACCUCAUCGCAGGACAAAAUUCUGUGCAAACGUGCCAUACCCAAUGUUCAACCCGCAGUUGUGGCGAAAGCUUGUGGAAAAAUUUAAGAGAUUCCCAUCUUUUGCGGCUUUCAACAAUCAAUUUCAUGUACAAAAAACCAUAAUCAAAUAUUAAUUUUUAACUUAACAUAUUUCUUAUCUAAAUAUCCAUGAUUUUAUCGCAAAAAUAAAGUCCGUGUGUGGUCAACCUAUCUCAUAUAUUCGACCUUCAGGAUUUCCUGU